CGCUCCUACCACUUAGUCAGUUUCGGAGGCGCGCUCAGUGAAGACGUGUGUCGUCUGCGUCGCGACAGUUUUACGGUUUUUCCAACAAACAAACACAACAAAAAAACGCUUCAAGUUCUAUACACACUCCCUUCUUUCGCGCUCGGGCAGCACUAAAAUUGUGCCUGCUCGUUUGUUUGGUCUGUCGGCGUUGUUUUACUCCCUCGCAGAGCACCACCCGUCGUCCGGGCAAGUACGCGCGAAACCGUAACGUCUAAAGUAGUAGUGCUUUCCCGUCUAAAAAGCAGUGGCUGGUUUUUUGUUCGAGCUAGAUUUCUGACCCAGUGUUUAAUAACACACCAAAACAAAAUUACAGUUCGUUAGUGCAUUGUGCGCCCUCUGGUCGUCUCUCGGGCGCAGAGAGGAGGGCAGCAUAUAUACUUGGUGCCAAUGGCGCUUUUCCCCUCUUCGGUUCUUGCCUAACCGCUCACGGCGUAUCCCCUACCUGCAACACGGUUACAUUUUAGUCGCCAGCGCGCCUUACCGAGUAGUGAACCUACCCACCCCAUCGGACGACCCCGGGGGGGGGGAGGGCAUGUUUUGUGAGUUGCGCGCGUAACCCACAGUAACAUCGUCCAUCGCUCUGUGACCUCUACGAACGUGCAGAACGUGCAGUGUGAUAGCAAGUGUUUUUUUGGUGCAACGACGACGACAAAGCGACGAACCCUAUUUUUCUCUCUCAAUCACGUGCAAAGUACAAUCGAUAAGCAGUGAUACGAAUCCUGUAACCAUCUUGCCAUUAGCUCGUAGUUCCUGCAAGGAAUUGCUCCGUUUUGUUCCUAGUGUGUGUGUGUGUCCUAUUUGUGAGUGUGUGCUAGAGCUCCCUUAUUAUAUUGGUCGUGUGUGCGCAGUGCAUUAAAAAAAAUAUUUAAAAAAGCAUCUUACAAAGGGAAAGAAAGAAGACUGCGUGAAUUCACCAACCGCCAAUAUCAGUGCCCACCCAACCAUAAUUCCAUUCGAUCGAUCCGCAACGAUUGUGACCCAUUCAAAUGUGACUGAUUCGUUGUGCCACGCUGUGGAAGUGAUCAAAGUGUGUAAUUUCACCCUGGGAGUUCAGUGCCUUAGUAGCAACAGAGCAAGUUGCAGUACAGCGUAAGUGAGUGAGUGAGCGCAGUACACCAGGCGCGUUGUGUGAGGGGCCGCGUCCCCAAAAUCGAACUCUAUUUCAUAUUUUAGCGCGGAUCCUGCUCACCGUCAACCGUCAUGUCCGCGGUACCGGUCGUCUGGUGCUCGGACCCGAACUCGUCGGAAAAGAAGCAACCGUUCGCGCUGCAGGGCAUCCAGCUGCAGGGCAACAUCACCGAGAAGCAUGUGCUCGCGAUGAAGGAGCUGAUCAACGCGGCGUCGGAGGGCCGGCUGCUGCUGCCGACCGACGGUGCCAUUGUACUGCUCGACUGUGGCCUCUCCAUCGGCAGCAUGGUGAUCGAGGGUAAGGCAGGGAAGGAGGUAGCGGCCGCUGCAGCCGCUGGCAACAACAGCACAGCAAAUGGCGAGCUGCUACUACCAGCGGCCGGCAAUCAUAAAUCAAUUCUGCCCUACCGGCCUGCUGCCAAUAAUUGUGACCAACCGUCGCCGGUCGACGGGGUGGAAGGAGGAGACUGUAAUAAUCAUAAUAGUAGCAGUAGCGACAGCAGCGAUGAGUCUGAUAGAAUAGCAGCAACAGCAGCGACUGGUAGUGAUAGGAGGCGGCGGCUCGAGGCGGCCGAGAAGCUGCGCGUCAUGCUCGAACAGCAGCUGGACGGCCGGGGGGACAUUGAUCCGAGUCGGGCGAAUGCAACGGUACCUCGACAGCAGGACGAGAAUGAGGUGGAGCAUAGGCGAACCGGUGGAGGAGGCGUAGAAGAAGCGACAGACGCUCGAGACGAUCGUCUAGGUGCUGGUGAGCAGCAGGAGAUGAUUGAUUUUCCAAUCGACGACGCUGCCAACCACGUGGACGGUGAAGAGCGGCAGCAGGAGCACCGUGAUGGCGAACAGCAGCAGGGAGCGUUGGAGCGAAGCGGAGGUUCGUCGCUUGGUGCCGAACUGCUCGGGCCCGAGCUGCUGUACGAAUUUCUGUGCUGUGCCAAAUGCAUGAACGACCCAACGUCCAGCUGCUCCAACCUGCCCAGCCAGCGCACGCGCAGCCUGACCGCACUGAACAACAGCUCCAAGCUGCUGUCGCGCGUACUGAACGGUCGGGCGAAGGCGCGCCUCUACUGCGACCCAGUGUACAGCAUCUCCAACCUGUACUUUAAGCGCUUCAUCAAUUACAAAAUCACCAAAAGCCGUCGCCCGGUCAUACGCAAAAGCUCCAGCCGAAGUGAUCGAUCCGGUGGUGGUGUUGGUGUUGUUGGUGCGGGAGACACUACGCCAGCAGGUAUUACCACUGUCUCGGAUGGUGGUGGAGGUGGCAAUAGUAGUGGCAGCAAGAAGAAACACUUCGCCGAAGGUUCGCCAGUGUACGCGACGGUCAACAAGAAGCUGAAGCUAAAGUCGCGCCUGGACGCGCUGCGGCGCAGCGGCCAUAUGGUGGAGGGACGGCGCAUGCGCACCAGCAAACCGCGCGACAGACAGCAGCAGCAGCUGGUGGUGGAGGAGGAGGAAGUCGGCGCCCAUCCGGCAAUGCCGGAAAUUUUCAUCUCCGGCGCGUCCGGUUCGCCGCUCAAGCACCCGCCGCUCGGCAGCACGAGCAGGAAGACAAGCUUCGACUCGACCUGCACCGUCAGCUCGAUGGAUUCGGGCUUCAUCGAUCAGCAGCAGCGGCAGCAGCUGAAGCAGCAGCUACAGCAACAGCAACAGCAGCAAAGCACGGUGGAGGAACGCCAGCCGAAGGGUGGUGCCAGCAGUGAGCAGGAGGAAGACGAUGGAAACGAUCGGUUGAACGAUCUGUCGCAGGUGCAGAUCAAAGAGUGUCUGGUGACGCAGUCGCGCAAUCGGCGCAAGUCGUACGAAGAGUUCAAGUCGCUGUUCCGGCAGGAGACGGCGGUGGCGGCGGCGGCAGCAGCGGCAGCAGCUCCGGCCAGUGACGUUGUUGGGCACGCUGGACGGGCCAGCAACACGGCCGGCCUGCCGCUGCCGAGCGUGGACGAGAAGGAGAGCGUGAAGGCGCGCCGCAAGUCAUACGAGGAGUUCAAGGCGUUAGUCAAAAUUUGUGAUACUAGCUUUAGCAGUUUGAAGACGACGGCCGAGGAAGAGCCGGACCGGGAGUCAAGGGAGCAGCAGGAGGAGGAGGAGCAGGAUGCGCGGGCGCAACGAGCGGCAACGCUGCCCGCAUCGGCCGCCAGCACCAUAACGGGCGCCUCGGCAGUCGGCAACUUGUUUAAGAUGAAGCGCAAAAACUCGCGUCGCCUCAGCCUGAAGAAGCCGCCGACGGCGGGCGGAGGCGGCACGCCCGCAGCAGACAUUCAGCGGUCGGCGUCGGGCCGGGAGCUGGUGAAGGGGAGCACCAUUUACGACAUUCUGCGCAGCGAUCGGAAGUCGUCGGCACCGGCAGGGACGGCGGCAAGUCCGCUGAUCAAGGAUUUGGGCCAGCUGGCACUCACGCGGCGGACGGCGGAUGAGAUCUACCGCAAGAAUUACAAGAUCUACGACAAGCUGAUCUCGUACGGCAGCAAGGCGUACAAGCGGUACGACAAGUACAUGACGUACGGCACGAUCUACGAGAUACUGCACCGCAAGUCGGACGCGGCCGAGGACGUUUUUUUGCGCAAGCGCGCACUGUCGGAGAAGUACGCCAAGCGGAAGGUCGGCGGUACGGCCACGCACUACGGCUCGGUGAAGCUGGGCACGAUCUACGACAUACUGCAGGGCAAGCACCAGCACCAGCAGCAGCUGCCAAUAGGGACGAACGCGAGGAAGAAGUCUGCGCCCGCCGGUCCGGACGAUGCUCAGCCGCCGCCUACGCUGUCCACGAUCUACGACAUCAUCCACUCGAAGAAGGCGGCCGAUCCGGCGGCCUCACCGAAGGAUAAGGCCGGCAAGAAUCGGUUUCUGGUGAAGAAGAUCACCGAGGAGGAGCUGCACCUGAGCAAUGAGAACGAUCGCAACGAGCUGAAUCUAGCGGCGAUCGGUACAGCAACCCCUGCCAAGGGGAGUUCCCUAGAAGGAGCUGCUGCACAAAAGACUGGUGACGAAACGGCACCACCGUCACCCGACUACACGACACCGAAAUCCGUUGGUCAAGCGAGAAAGCCAACGCGAACGCGCCGCUUCUCGAACAUUCUCUCCUACAGCUCGUCGCACUCGCCGUCGCCGAAGGUUUCCUGCCCAACGGUUAGCCUGACGGCGCCGGCCGAAGAGCCCCGGCUGGACAGUGCCCGGCUGAAGCAGAUAGCGGCCAGCGAUGAGGACCUGUACAAGAGCGCCACGGCGAAGCUGCGGGCCGCCCAGCAGCAGGUCCAGCGCCAUCAGCUGUCGGUCGAUGAGCUGUACGCGCGCAUCGGCAAGAUGCGCAAAUCGGCCACCGUCGCGUCGGCGCUCUGUACGAAGAUCGACGAAGUUGUUGGCGAAACGGGUGAAGCAGGAGCGAUGGUGGAGGGUGGUGCAGUGAAGGUGCUGGAACCGCUGCAACCGACCCGGCCGCAGCAGCAGCAGCACCAUCUGCUGGAUGUGCCCGGUCGGCGGCAGUUAGCGUCGGCGGCGGAUGUCGUUCAGCCCGGGACGAUCUUUAAAUCGAACUCGCUGGACAUGCUUGCGCCGAAGAAGCUGUCGCGUACGGCGCGCUGGAGCAAGCACGUGCACGAUGCGGCCAGCGGGCUCAGUGGGCCGAUCCGCAAGCUGUCCCCACUGAUCAUGCCGAUGCGCAAGGGCGAGCAGAAGAAGAGCACGAGGCGGCUGUCCGAGUUUACGCGCGGCGAAUUUCUCAACGAGAAACCAUGGUACUUCCGCAAGAUCAAAAGAAUAGAGGCGGAGAAGAAGCUGCUGCUACCGGAGAACGAACACGGCGCAUUCUUGAUCCGCGACUCGGAAAGCCGUCACAAUGAUUAUUCCCUAUCCGUGCGCGACGGCGAUACGGUCAAGCACUACCGCAUACGGCAGCUGGACGAGGGCGGCUUUUUCAUCGCCCGAAGGACCACAUUCCGCACGCUGCAGGAGCUGGUCGAGCACUACUCGAAGGAUUCGGACGGGCUGUGCGUGAACCUCUGCAAACCGUGCGUACAGAUCGAGAAACCUGUCACGGAUGGUCUAUCUCAUCGCACACGCGAUCAGUGGGAAAUCGAUAGAACGUCCCUCAAGUUUGUGCGCAAGCUCGGCUCGGGACAGUUCGGCGACGUGUGGGAAGGACUCUGGAACAACACCACCCCGGUUGCCAUCAAGACACUCAAAUCAGGCACGAUGGAUCCGAAGGAUUUCCUUGCCGAGGCACAGAUCAUGAAGAAGCUGCGGCACGUCAAGCUGAUCCAGCUGUACGCCGUUUGCACGCUGGAGGAACCGAUCUACAUCAUCACAGAGCUCAUGAAGCACGGCUCAUUGCUAGACUAUCUGCAGGGUAAGGGCAGAUCGCUGAAGCUGCCCCAGCUCAUCGAUAUGGCGGCCCAGAUUGCGGCCGGCAUGGCGUACCUCGAGUCCCAGAACUACAUCCAUCGUGACUUGGCCGCACGUAACGUGCUGGUCGGUGAUAACAAUAUCGUCAAGAUUGCCGAUUUCGGAUUAGCUAGAUUAAUCAAAGAGGAUGAAUACGAGGCACGGGUCGGUGCCCGGUUCCCGAUCAAGUGGACCGCUCCGGAAGCGGCCAACUACAGCAAGUUCUCGAUCAAAUCCGACGUGUGGAGCUUCGGCAUCCUGCUCACGGAGCUGGUCACGUACGGCAGAAUACCGUAUCCGGGCAUGACAAACGCGGAAGUGCUGACACAGGUCGAGCACGGGUACCGCAUGCCGCAGCCGCAGAACUGCAACACCCCACUGUACGAGAUAAUGCUCGAGUGCUGGAACAAGGACCCGAUGAGGCGACCCACGUUCGAGACGCUCCAGUGGAAGCUGGAAGACUUCUUCACCAUGGACCCAAGUGAAUACAAGGAGGCCGCACCCUUCUGAUAAAUGUCCGGCCGUGCCACCGAUCCCUCAACGUCGCUACCGUCGCCGGGAGCGCAAACCUCGUCAUCAUCAUCAUUAACAGCAGCAGCAGUGAUUGCAGCCCGGAACUAACAACCGGUAUCUCUGCGCGCAGUCCACCCUUCCCUCCGGGUUUCGUUUUCUUUCUUCUUCUACCCAAUUCCCCCCUGCCAACAGCGGACCGUGGCACUUCUUCCUCUUCCCCGUACACAUACAUUGUACACCCGAGUCCGGGUCGGGUCGUUUGUUUUAAUUGAGACGCAGAGACGCUGCUAACUAACAUCACUCAUAUGCGGUGGGGCUCCGGAGAGCGGAAUGGUGGGGGCAAUGCAGCAACUAUUCGGCUAUUUAUUUAGGUUUCUACGAUGCAUUCACACACACACAUUCACCGCUGCUUAGCUCUCAUAUAUACAUAUACUGUAAUAUGUAAUAUGGCGUAUUAAAAAAAACUAGGUUUACUACGAGAGCGGGAAGACGUCAAACAAACAAAAAAAAACUGUGUCACAGGCGCGCACAACCCGGGGUGUGGGACAAUUCAAGAUAAAACGGGAAAAAGGAAAACAAAAACACGUUUCGAGUCAGAGAGGGAGUUUAGUGUUUUGCCAAUGUUGAAGUCGUCCCCCCCGAAUCGUUUAGCUAAAAAAAACAAAACAAAAGGGAAAGACGCAACCCUUUCCCGGACUGAGCGUGGAAGCGUAUUUAGUGAACGUUAGAGAGAGAGAGAAAGAUAUAUAUGCCAAUCGUGCACGGUCAAUCAGUAGUAGUGUGAUUUAUUAGCGCAAAAAAGGGGGAUGUAAGACCGUGCGUACCAUGCGGCAGGGGGUUUUUGUGGUAUUUUGUGUUAAUUUUUGUCCCCCUUUCCUUAACACCCCCCGUUGGUGUGCACGUAGAUGAUUUCUCUAUUAAUUCCGCUUUAUUUCGCGUUUACGAUAGUUUAUGCUCGCGUUUAGUUGCUCUCCACGUACGUCCACUACUUUACAUUACAGUUCGCGAAUGUAAGAGAAUGCUUUAUGUGUGCUAUGCUGACUUCGGAUCGCAGUUCAAUAGUAGCUUGAAGUUCACAGUACUACUCUGUGUAUGAAUUAUCCCCCUUUGGGAGGAUUGUUUUUUUUUGUUUUUAGUGAAGAAAUCGCCGCGCUUGUUUCUUUUGCAAAUCGUUUGCUUAUCCUUUUUGUCGUGGACGCUCUGUGCUGUUUUGCUGUACGUUUUUGCUUGACCUUCGUCCACAGGCGUGCAGUGUUAGCUUAAUUGAACAACAUCAGCUUGUGUAGGUUCUACUGUAGUAUGCUGCUUUUACUGAGUUUUGUUUUGUUUUUUUUUUUUUAAAUGCACAUUAAUACGAUUGCUCUAAUUGUUACUCCUCGGGCAGCUGCUUCAUGCGGGUGUGUGCGUGUGUAUUUUGGGUCCCUCGUUCGUAAUAUCGCUGACAGGUUUUAAAGCGUUAGAGCAGCUUCAAAGUAUCUAUUUGUCUAAACACUUACUAACACGAGCCUGUCGUAUCAUUCCUGUCCUGAAGCUUUACAUCGUAACGCGGGAGGAAGAGAACAAGCUUAGCGUUAACGAGAGAACGAUCGGUUAAAGAGAGCGAUACAAGGAGCAUAGAACCAGAAAACGACAAUGUGGUACUGAAUAUUCGUUUGUUUGUUUCUUUUAAACUAUAGCAUUGUUUGCUGAUGAUUUAAAACGCUUCUCUUUCUUUCCUUUUUUUCCAAUUUUGUGUCUUGUUUAAGUUACUAAACGAAAAGGGCGCGCGCGCGUGGGGAACGAACACAACGAGAUUAGAGACACGUGGUGUGGAUGAAACAAUCAAAAGUCAAUCAAUCUCUUUAUUCACUCGCGUUCAUCAGAAGAGUUCGUGGUUCGGAGGGGGGAGGAGGGUGGGUAAGCAAAAGGAAGCAACAGUGGAAUGCGGGUGCAUUUAUGUUUAAGCAAACUCUCUCGGUACGUGUUAAUUAAUCGUUUCUCAGUAUCAUCAGUGGUAGUGGCAGAGUUUAGUGGUUAGUGGUAGUUUCCUCCGUUUGCUUCACCACCAUCCCAUUACUCAUUUAAAGCAAAAACUGGAACUUUAUACGACGAAAACACACACACACAAGUAUAUAAUGUAAGUGUAAAUAUGUUACGAUCAAUACUUCUACUGCUAUUUUUUCGAAUGAAGAUAACUCUUUUUCAUAUUUUAUCUCCCUCUCGUACACAUCAUCUCCCCUGUUAGUGACCCCAGUAGCCGAUAUCGGUAUUCAUGUACGUGUUUCUUUCUGUUUCAUUCUUUUAUCUUGAAUUCAGUUUGUCCCUGAUACAAAGUUCUUAACGGAUAUAGGGAUGUGACGUGUGUUGACAUGCUAGUAAAAUGAAUUAUCUUCAAUUGGUUUUGCGCGCCAAGACGCAGGAAGAAAAGAGAGAGAGAGAGAGAGAGAGAGAGAGAGAGAGAGAGAGAGAGAGAGAGAGAGAGAGAGAGGAGA